GCAGCGGCGCUGCCGAAUCCAGCUGUGUGCCACGCUCCGGGAUCCGCUGCCGCCUGGAUUGUUGGGACCUGCUGAGCCUGCCGAGGCUCCUGAGCCCACACACAGAGGCUUUUGGAGGAAUCUCCGGGGUGGAGAAGCACAGGUGCAGCUGUGUUGAAGAGAGGCUGAAGAUGGAUUAUUGCUGGCGGGUGCAAACUGCGCUUCCAGCCAGGGACUGCGCGCAUCCCACGGGGAAAGUGUAGGCAGCGUUCGGAAUGGGGUGCCGGUGCCAACCUGCUCUGGGCAGCCUCUGGACGUGAGGAUGUGGGUGCUGUUCAAGGGCAUCCCCUGAUGUGCCCGGCAGUACAGACACUCCUGGAUGCACAGGAUCGCAGCCAAGGGGACACAGAAAUCCUGGACACCCUGUUCUGAGCGCUCGGUGCGGACUGACCUGAGCACUCUGCCUUUGUAGCUGACCAGGGGCUCACCUGAAGAGUUUUAAACUGACAUCAAAGUUGCUGAUCAGACUGGUACCAUGUGGGCGAGCUGCUGUAACUGGUUCUGUGUGGAUGGCUCCCCCGAGGAGAUGCAGCCUCCGCCAGCGGCUCGAGCCCAGGCCUAUUCCAACCCCGGCUUCAGCUCCUUCCCCUCUCCCACUGCUUCUGAACAGAGCUGCAAAGCCUGUGGCGUGCACUUCGACAGCUCCUCCAGCAAGCACAUCUGCCUGGACUGUAAGAAGAACUUUUGCACGUCCUGCUCAAACCAGCCCGAGGGUGGGCCCCUGCUCUGCCACCUCUGCCAGCGCUUCCGAGCCACGGCUUUUCAGCGGGAGGAGCUGAUCAAGAUGAAGGUGAAGGAUCUGCGGGAUUACUUGGCGCUCCAUGAGAUUUCCACGGAGUUCUGUCGUGAAAAGGAGGACCUGGUAUUCCUGAUCCUUGGCCAGCAGCUUGCAAUUACCCAGGAAGAUCAGAUAAGAACAAACACAUUUAAUACCAGUGCCCCUGGACAGCAAGACUUUGUGAGUCACCCCCCAGCCAACCCGGCCUCUCCUACCUCACACGAUGAGUCCUCAGUGUCUGCAGAUCCCAUCUCAAGUUCAGAAGCUCAGGAACACCAACAGGCCAAUGGUCACGUGCCUCCGAGCCCAGCCUGUGGAACAGCAGCUGAGAAUGCAGCAGAAGAAGCAGCAGCAGAGGAUGAGAUAGAGUCUAGUGACUCCGAGGAUAAUCUGGUGCUGGGCAGGAAGGCCUCCCUGUCCGACCUGACGAGCGUCGGGGACAUCAACGCGCUCUCCGUGCGGCAGCUGAAGGAAAUCCUCGCCCGCAACUUCGUCAACUACAAAGGCUGCUGUGAGAAGUGGGAGCUGCUGGAGAGGGUCACUCGCCUCUACAGAGAGAAGGACCUUCAGCAUCUGGUUUUGGACACCGACGAUCAACCUGGUGCUGCGGGGCCCCCCAGCACGGAGGACAACCUGUGCAGGAUCUGCAUGGACGCUGCCAUCGACUGUGUGCUGCUGGAGUGUGGGCACAUGGUGACGUGCACCAAGUGCGGGAAGCGCAUGAGCGAGUGCCCCAUCUGCCGCCAGUACGUCAUCAGGGCCGUGCACGUCUUCAGGACAUAAAGGGGGCUCUGGGCUCGGGGCUGCUGUGCCUUAAAGCCUCAGUGCUCUUAGGGAAGGGGCCAACAUCGCUGCCGGUAGUCACCUUGGAGAUGAGCAUGGCCCCGCUGCAAGGGAGGGAAGGAGGAGGCCAGGGGAACGCUGCUCUGCUCAAGCCAUGCCCGACUCUGCUCAUGCCGCCAUCGUGCUUUACACCACAGUGCCUGGACUCCGUGGAGCUCAUUGCCAGCAAUCAUUAACCGCCUCCAUCCUAGGAUAAUUUAAGGACAGAUGGAUGCCCGGCUUUCCACCAGGAAGACCAGCUCCAGAGGCUUUGUGUUUUCCUCUGAAUAAUAAAGUGAACUGGGGUCUCAAAAAGUGUCCUUUGUUUUGCUGCUCAGGCUACGCCCAGCAACAAGUUGAUUUUUGAAGAUUGCAAUGUCACUGUGCUUGUUAAUGUUGCUUUCAUUUUUAAUUUAAUGUAAAAUUGUUGUGCUUGCAGGAUGGGCAGACCGCCCCUGCUUUCCCGAAUUCCAGCCUAGUGCAAUUGUGGGAAAAUGUGAGAUUUCAUAUCAAGGUUGUCUUUGUAUCAUUGAGAACUGUUGGGGAGGGAGGCUGGGAAGGCUCAGCCUUGCGCUGUGUGCUGGGUUCUUGAUUCUGUGCCAGAGGGAGGCUUCUGGUUUGAUUUUGUCUACUUUGACUUCACAGCACGUGCCAGAGGUGGGGCUCAAACUGAGCUGCCCCCACUUGCUGAGUUACAAAUCCGAGGCUCGAGUCUGCCGGGGUUCAGUGAGGAAAUCACAGAGCUGCACCGGAGUGACGACUCCACUGCUACACAAUCAUAUAUAAGUACAGGUGACUUUUUCUUUUUUCAGAAGGGAAUCAUCUCUUGGAUCCAUGAGCAAUCUCCACUGCAGAUCAGCUUCCCCCAUCCUCCCCAGGGCUGAGUUUUACAUUUCUGUUACCUUCCACGGCUUAUCAAAGGCAAUUAUCUCCUUUCUGCUGGUGAGGGUGGGGACAGGGGCUGUGGCGUGGUCCCUGACAGCUCUCCAUGUGUUCAGCUGGAGAAGCCUGGCAGUUCUUGCUGGAGGUGAUUGUAACUGGUGAAUUGUCCCCUCAGUGGCCUGCAGGCAUCCAGGGCACCACAGCCAAGCCUCAGCAGCGGGGUGCCCCCAGUGCAGGGCAGAGCUUUCCUGGCUGCUCCGGGGAGGGGAUGGGGCCGUGUUCAGCCCGAGAACAGCACAGACCCCCUGAGUCCCCUCACAGCUCCUGAGUGCAGCUGCAGGGACAGCACCAAAGCUCCAGUGCAGGGGGAGUGAUGGCAACAGCGCACUGACCGUGUGUUCUGAGCAGGGACGCUGCCAGGAGCAGCAGCUCAGCUGCAGGGAGCUGCAGCCAAAACAGCUCCCGAGAUGAGAAAUCCAGGGCUCAGGAGGGCAGCAGAGCCAUGGAUUUCUCACUGAGGUGGGCUCAGAGCUCCACAAAACUGGUGCAGCUCACUGAACUCAGCAUUCUGAGUUGUAGCUGUCCCAGGUCAGGCUGUUCUUUAAUCUUUGACUUAAGGUUUAACAGAUCCAUCAUGUGAACAAACUGAACAAGUCAAUGCAUGAUGACAGAGAAAAGGGCAGGUAAGAAGUGACUCUGUUUGCUCUGGAGAGGGCACAGGGACCUCCAAGAGCUGCAGGAAUACAAAAAGUACUGAACAGCCUCAGUUAGGAAAUUCACUGUGAAAAUUCAUGUUACCAUUUUUCAAUAAACUCAGGGCUGGGGGAAUUGAGCAGGAAGAAGAUGAUUCCCUUAUGGAUAGAUGUACUUUUCCUUGUAGAGGGCAGGCUUAUUUUCUACAGCAGAUAAAUCAAGCUGCAGGUGGAUUCCUGCAGUUUUAGGGAUGAGAAGAUCCACCCACCCUGUGACUCCAAAAUGUGCUUUGUGAAGGGAGGACUCUUCUUGUUUCCCUUGGAGAAAUGGAUUCUCUACUUAUGGAUAUGAGUGAGUUGUUCUUAAAGGAAAAUAACCUGGAGGAAACUGAUUAAUGAUCCAAAGGAAUAUAAUGUUCUGAACUAAUAAAGUAAAUGGAAAUAUUUAUGUGCUUUAUGUACACUGUACAUUGUUUAAAGAGUUUAAAAGUUAAUAUUCUACUUGAAAGGGCAUGUUAUUCACUAUUAAAUCCUCUGGUACUAUGACAGUUAAACUUACUAGUUUGGUACAGAAGUUUGGUUUAUAAUUUUGUAAUAAAGUUGAAAUGUGAUUUAGUUAA